UCUACAUUCUAAGGCCCUUUCUCCACUUAACAAAGCCAACUGCUAAUUAUGCAAAACGUGGGUUUUCGAAAAAACAUUUUGAUCCUAGUUUACUUAAACGAUUUUUAAUUGUGUACUUGACAAGUAUAUAAUCAAAGGAGAUAAUUAACUAAACAUAUUUGCAUCAAAAUGUUUAGAGCAAAGUAGCAAAACAUCGUCCUUGGAAUCUUGAACUACUCUUGACUGCCAGUGACUUUUUUUUCUUUUCUCUCUUGGCUUUCAUACAGCCAGUGAGUUAAUAUUAAACUAAAGUCACACAAGGAUAUGUGAACUGGUGAGAGGCGCUGCCAUCGCGGUUGGUUCUGACAGAAUAUAUAUAAAACCUACUUAGACAUUGAAAAUGACAUAAAAACAGCUCUAUUUACUGUAAAACAAGGAUCAUGUGACCCUUUUUUAAUUUGAUAGGGUGGCGCUAGUGAGCUGUCAUAAUUUAGGGUGACUUAAGUCCGGUUUAGAAAUUCUCGUCGGUUUAUAGACAGCUUUAAAGAAAAUGAUUGAUCGAUAACAUAUGUACAGUUUCCUUGGUAACAUUUAUUGACGUAUGUUUAAGUGAAAAAACACAAAACCUGAUAUUUAUUAAUAGUUUGUACUCAAAAAUGCCUAUUCUAGUAAAAGAUUUUACUUGGACACAAUCUCCUACUAAUUUGCAGAUCAAAAUACCUUCGAAGUCGAUGAAUAAAAACAACAUCGAUGUUUUCACAACUGAAUCGUAUAUUAAAAUACAUUUUAAUCCAUUCCUCUUUGAGAUAUUUCUACUACAUGAUGUCGACAACGAACGAAGUAAGUGUAUAGUAAAAGAAGAAUCAAUAGUGCUAGAGUUAAUUAAGAAGAAGGAAAAUGAUUGGGAGUGUCUUGAAAAAUGCUUAACUAAAGAAGAGAAAAAAGAACUGCGUCAAAAAAUACUCGAAAAAUGUCAAGAUGAAGCGAAAGAGAAAACUGAACAAAAGUCCAUAAAGAAGAGUGAGAUGGAUAGAUUUACAGUACAAAAGGCAAUGGAGAUUGAUUCACAACAGCAUGCGUUAAUGGAUUCAAGAAGAGACGCAGAACGGAACAAAGCUAUGAACGAGUUACAACAAUGGAACGAUUCCCUUAAACCUCUAAACCCAAAUAUAAAUGCUUCCAAACAUAUAAAUAGUAACUGGUCUUACAACAUUAAAAAAAAUGAAAACAGUGUCAAAAUUGUCGAACUACCCUCUUCAGAUGAUGAGAAAAAUGAAAACAAAACUAAAAAGCAAACAACACAAAAGAAACCAGCAGUAAACAACACGUUAGCUAGUAAUAUAAGUAAACCAGUUAGAUCUGAAUACGUAGAGAAGAUGAAGAAAGAAACUGCUAAUAGAGUUUUACCAAAGCUAAGAGAAACAGGAGAAGUUGUGAUUACGCACACGCCAAGAACAUUCCCAACGCCAAGUCGAGAGUCAGCGGCGCAAGAAGAGGAAGCUUGGUUAAAAAAUAUCACACAAGCAAGAAGAGCAAUAGGAUUCGUAUCUGAAGAUCUUAGGCCUGAAGAACAUGACCCCCAGUGGUGUAAAGAGAAAGGGGACGAGUUCUUUCGCAACGGCAACUUUCUGGGCGCGAUCAGUGCUUACUCGCAUGGAAUCACUCUAUCCAACAAACUGCCGACUCUGUAUUCAAAUCGAGCAGCAGCACAUUUUGCUCUCGGAAAUUUCAAUAAAUGUGUAAACGACACUUCCACUGCACUCGAUUUAUUGAAUCCGCCAUGUGAGGGUAAUCGUAAAAGUCGUGCUAAGUGCAUAGCUCGAAGAGCAGCGGCACUCGUGAGGCUUGGCUACUUGAACAAAGCCAUCGGUGAAAUGAAAGCCGCGGCGAAGCUAAUGCCCGAAGAUGAAAAUAUUAAAAAAGAUAUCUAUAAUAUGGAGAAAGCUUGGGAACAAAAUCCAGAUUCUGAUUGACAUAAAGUUUGUUAAGAAUGCAUUAUUAGUUAAUUCUUCUAGUUUAAAUUAAUUUUAUGUAAUUCAGUGUUAUUUAAAUAAAUGUGUUACUUUUCUC